AUGGCAACUACUACACGAAGUAAACGUAAACAAAUGGAACAAAUGACCAAAGAAGCAGAAGAAAAUUUAAUACAGGAAGUAAUAGAAGUGAAUGAAAGUGACUUGGACUCUAAUACUGAAACUAGUCAUUUAGUAAUACAAGAAGAAAGUGAAAUUGAUCCUGAUUAUGAAGUUGAAGAUAGUCAUGUGUUAUUACAAGAUAUUACUACACUAUCUGUUGAUAUUUCUAAUAUAAAUAUUGAUGAUCUUGAAGCAGAAUUUUUAGAAAUUAGCAAACAGUCAAAACAGCCACCAAUUAAGACUACAAGACCAAAAACAAGUUGGGUAUAG